AACUAGGACACAGAAAUUCUCGUCUUUUAAAUUGUAGUGCAGAGAGAAGUGCCAUCGCUCGCGCUCUCUCUCUUCACUUCCAUAGUCCUUUUCUCUCUCAUCCAUCACUGUCACCUUUUUCCUCUCUUCCAGUAUAUAUUUCUCUUGCAGUUCGUCCUACAAAGCGCACACACGCAUACACAGAUUUCAGUUCUUCAGGCUUCUGAGACCACAGCAAUGUCGGCCAUUAAGGACGAAGAUCCUCGCAUCAAUGGAAUCCGAACUAACAUCCGCGUCGUUCCCGAUUUUCCGAAGCCAGGUAUCAUGUUCCAGGAUAUUACCACUCUGUUGCUUGAACCGAAGGUCUUCAAGGAUGCGAUUGACAUGUUCGUGGAGCGAUACAAGGGGAAAAAUAUCACCGUCGUUGCAGGAAUUGAAGCGCGUGGGUUUAUUUUUGGUCCUCCAAUUGCGUUGGCUAUCGGAGCAAAGUUUGUGCCUCUGAGAAAACCAAAGAAAUUGCCUGGUGGAGUUAUGUCUGAAGCGUACAUCUUGGAAUAUGGAAGGGAUUGCCUAGAAAUGCAUGUUGGUGCUGUCGAGGCCAACGAACGUGCCUUGGUUGUUGAUGACUUGGUUGCCACUGGUGGCACUCUCUGUGCAGCCAUCAAUUUACUUGAACGAGCUGGAGCAGAAGUGGUUGAAUGUGCAUGCGUGAUUGAAAUACCAGAAUUAAAGGGUCGAGAGAGACUAAAAGGGAAACCACUGUACACUUUAGUGGAGUACCGAUGAAUGUGGCGGCGUCAGAUGGUUGAAUCGCUGCCGGUGACGAUCCAAAAACAAGUGUGCCGCCGUCGUCAGAGUGCAGCUACUUCUUGCCGGAAUCAUUUUGAUCUCUCAUAUCUCAAUGUCUGUUUCUGUUCUUAGUUCUUGUUCGUGUUCCUGCCCUUUCUUUUGUUUUCUAUUUAAUCAAUGAAUCUUAUGCUUUGAAACUUGUGAGUUUUUCAGGGAAAGAAGCCCUUAUGAUUUCUUUCCACCCUCAUUUUUCUCCAAUUUACUUGGAGACUUUUUUUUAUUCGCUUUAGAGAGUUCAAUUUUGAAUUGUGUACGAGAAAGUAGAACGUUUAUUUUAUUUGUA